AUGUCACAGUUGCCUAUGUUCGGUUCGAGUAACAUGAAUAAUUAUCCAUGGAACCAUUUAAUAACUAAAAUUCCACCAUCGGUAGCAACAAAAUUGAAUAUUGGUGGAUGUUCCUAUGUUCUCCUUGGGCUACUUUCAAUUGGAUUGGACGUAGGUGCUAUCGUAAAUGGGAUGAUCAGCUUUGGCGGUUUUAUUAAUGGUUUCCUUUUACUGAUUAUUGGGAUAUUGAUCUUAUAUUUGAGUCGUCAUGAAGUCUAUGUUUUAACAAGCAUAUUUAUUUUGGUAUUUUUUGAGCUGUUUUUCAAUAUAAUCAAUGCAAUUGGUUUCAUUAUUAUUUUUUCUACUUUGACUUCUUGUGAUGAUUCGUCUAGCUUCCAAUGCUUUUAUGGCACUUGGAGUACAAUAUUGAUCGUUGAUCUCGUCACUUGUUUUGUUACCUUAUGCUUGACUAUAUUUAAUAUGAUUACGAUUACGAGUGGACGUCGACCUCAAUACGCUUCAGCAGUGACGCCGACAAUACUUUAUGCACCACAGAUGCAACCGGCAAAUGUUUUAUAUGCAAAUCCUUCGGCAGUAAUCGUACAGUAA